UGUUUUCGAAACUGGAAACUGACGUAAUUUGGCAGAAAGAACAACGUAUUUUUGUUUAUGUGCACUCCCCCCGCCCCACCCAGCAACGAGAGUAGGAUCCCACCUACCUCGAUGUCUGUUGCCCGCGUCCAGCACACGAAAUUGGUAACUGCCACAGCCUGUUACCCCAUCCGAAUCUGUAUCCACAGCCUGCAAUGUGAAUCAACUGCUGUUGAUUCGUCCACAACGUCAAAUUAAACUCUUUCCUGAUUGUAAACACUAACAACGGCCUUUAGAAUGAACCGCUCGGAACCCAUACCCAUUCGACGAGAGCGGUCCUUCGACAGCGUGAUGAACAGGCUGUUUCGAACGCGGUCCCAGAACCAUGAAAGCUUUCGCGCGGCAAUGUACAACUUCCUCUUCCUAGUGGGCGUGUGCGCUUUUGUGGCUGUGUGCUUCAUCCUGGGACCCUUUGUGCGCCCGCUGCUGUGGGCCUUCCUCAUGGGCGCCGUACUCUUUCCGUUCAAGCGCAGGCUGGCGGAGAGCGUUCACAGCUGGUUUCAGCGGAUGGAGGAGCGAGAUUCCAAUGUGCUGGUAUCGAUUUUUCUGUCCCCCGUGGAGGCGACGGAGCACUGCGGCCGCUUGCUAAUUGGAUGGCUGUGCGAGCACUGGCAACUUCUGCUGGCAGGCUGUGGUGUGGCAACCUGCAUCAAGCUGCUGGUCCUGUACGCACCAAAGGGCUUCAUAUACGCGAUCUGGCAUUGGCUUUCCUUCUCGCACGGUCUGUUCGUGCGGAUCAUUGGCUUUCUGAAUGUCUUUGUGAUUAUCGCCCUAGUGCUGGUCUACCUCACUUGUGUGCAUUUCUUCUGGAGUGCAGAAAACAGCACUCGCUUUGUUGUCGCCGGUCAGUCCAUGUGGAUAGCGAUAGCCGGGUACUUGAGCAGCUUCCUGGGCGCCCUCCAAGUGCCCGUCUUCCUGCUGGUGAUGGCCUACGUCACCGCCUCCACGGCCUACCAUCUGAAGGGAAGCGAGGGAUCUGGCUCGUAUCUGCAUCGUCUCAAGAUGUUGUUCGACAAGAACGACUUCGAGCGAUCGUUGAGUAAUUUCAGUCUCUGUGGAAAAACGAGCAGCGACCGGCCGGAUGUGCUGCAGUCGGAUGUGGAGGAUAUUUCUCUCAGCGAUACAGUUGACUCCACGGAUACGUUUGACGUGAAGCCCACUGAUAUGUCUGAGGGCCAACAGAGCGGUACGAUGUUGAAGCUGCUCCUCUACGCCUGCCUGGCCAAUGUGCUAUACCGAAACAUUUGGAUGGUCAUCCUGGCAGCCGUGCCGGUGCUGCUUCACCUCAUAUACAAAUUCGGAGCGUACACGGGCAUCACCGACUUUGUCUGUGGCAAGAUCAACGAAUUGUACUUGGGAUUGCGGGCCUGGGCCAUUGAACAUCACUCGGCUGUACUGCCGCUAUGCCUGCCGGGGGUUCUGGAACUCAACUACAGGAUCCACACUAUUGUGCGGGAUUCUUUGAAGUCUUCUGUAGAGUCGGUCACCUCCAUACUCAUGAUCAUUGCCAUGCUGUUCUGCAUAAUCAUUCUGAGCGUGUUCUUUUGCGUCAACAUUUAUUCGGAGACCAUAGAAGUUGCCUACCUGACAAAAGAUCUAAUUAACAAGACGAUCACAGACCGUCCUGAGCUAAUUGAUAUUUUGCCGGCCAAUAUGCAGGCGUCCAUUGAUGAUGCGCUCGACAAUGCGCACCAUUAUGGUCGCCGUAAGAUAGAAACCUACAUUGACGAUUGGCUUGCAGAUGCCGAUAAGGUGCAUGCCGCCAAGCUCAAGGAUCAGAUACUCGACGUGUGGGACAGGCUCAUCCAGUAUUGGGUGGAUUUCAAUAAGAGGGGCACCUCGUACGGGCCGCGGGUGCCCACGGAUGCACUGAAGAGCACUUUUGGCGAAAUUGUUGAUAAUCCAGGACAUUUUAAAGAGCUAGUUUUAGUGGCGAAACAGGGUAUCAUUGGCUGGGCGCAAAGCAACACGCAAACUAUCCUGGAGGUGGCCGAGUCCCUGUGGCACAUAAUUCGCACGAAUCUGUCGAUGAUUAUGGGAGUGACUGGCGAGAUUCUGUCGCUGGUGUUGUCUGGAGGCCAAGCCUGCAUCGAGUUUAUUCUAGAUAUGAUUGUCUUCUUCACCGCUUUGUUCUACCUCCUCUCCAGCAGCAAGGAAAAGUAUGCGCCGCUUCAGAUAACAAAGUACCUUGGCUACUCCUCCUCUGGCUCUAAGAUCGCCGAUAGCAUGGAGAACUCCAUUACUGUAGUUCUAGUCUCAAUGUUCAAGUGUUCCAUAUUCACCGGGCUGUUCACGUGGCUGGUCCACACGGUGUUUGGGGCCAGAAUUGUGUUCUUGCCCUCUGCCUUGGCAGCAAUUCUGGCAGCGGCACCAUUCCUGGGGAGCUACUGGUGUGCUGUGCCCGCUUUUCUGGAACUCUGGCUGGCUCAGGACUGCUUCUAUACGGGACUGCUAUUGUUCCUGCUGCAGUUCUUUGUUCCCUCUACAUUCGAGACGGCCAUCUAUGCCGAUCUGAAGGGAGGUGGACAUCCGUAUCUCAAUGGUCUGGCCAUAGCAGGGGGCAUGUACUGGAUCGGUUGGCAGGGGGCCAUAUUGGGUCCCCUCAUGUUGUGUUUCUUCAUUGGCAUUUUCGAGGUGGCCGCCUUGGCCAUGCGCUCAAAUCAGGAUCCCCCCAGGCGCAGCUCAGAGGAGGAAAUGCGGACCACCUCAAGCGAAACGAACACUAUCCGAACGAUCAUAAACGAGGAAAAGCCCAAGCCAGAGUUGGCGGCGUCUGGCGGAAAACCUGUUGAGCUGAAAAUCAUAACCAAAACUUUUCAGCUGCUGCCGAGCCCAAAGAAAACCAGUUAAGAAUAUAAUAUAUAUUUGUGUGUGCUACUAUUUAUGCAGAACCGGUAACAGUGAGAAGAGAAAUAUAUGAAUAUAUAAUAUA